AGACCUUCAGGUGGAAAAAAAAACAAAAAUAAAAACAAACAAAACAAACUGUCAUGAGAGCAUAUGUUCAAAGUAGACAAUAUCAUCAUAUCAUAAUUAAUAUGUGUAGAGGAGUCAAUUGCCCUUAACAGGAACAUGCCCAAAUGUAGUUAUGUGGAUGAAACUAUUUAGAUGAAAAACAAAUUAUUUGCAAGUCUUCAAUCUAGCUCCCUCCCUGGAAAUAGUUUAAUAACAAAAGACUAAAAGUUGAAUAUCUCUCCAGCUGAAUGAAUCACAGUCCUCUGUACAAUUCUAACACACCUAAUUAUGAUCAUUCAUUUUUCUUUGUUGGGAAAACUUGCAAAACAGAUUUCAUUUUUGAAAUAUUAAGGAAGACAGUAAUGAAGAUUGGAGUGAAUUAUGAAAAAGUCUUCCAAUAUACUUAUAGCUAAAUUAUCAUUUUAGCCUCAAUUUUUUCUCUUUCUCACUAAUCCAAUGUUAUGUUAUACCCACUUAACUCAUAAAAAGUGGGUCACAGGAACAAAGAGGUGUAUCUAUAUAUAUAUAUAUAUAUAACAGACGUGGGGUAUUGGAAAUCCUAUGUAGAACGCACUAAUCAAAAGCAUACAAAUUGAUAUUAAAUAAAAACUAGGACGCUACCUACUAAUUGAAGUCACUUCAUUCUUUUAUGCACACUUGUUUCUAGAGAGAGAGAGAUUUAUGCUCAAAAAUUUCCCCAGCCUCAUCUUUAUAAGAUUAAAGGUAUUAUGGUACCAUAUAUGUUAGAUAAAAUACAAAAUAGACCCAUAGAAAAUGAAUCACAUAAAAAAAAAUGCAUGAAUGUAAUGUGCAUUAUACUUUAGUCUAAGCUUUUCCUCGAUUGUAAAUGGUGACAUAUCCACCAUAGUCAAAGAAACCAUUUAAUUCACAAUGACGAUUGAAUAGCUCCCAUUAUCAAAAGCCAUUUCUCUCUUUAAAGGUGGUAUAAAAGGAGGGCAAGCUGUUUGUUUUAGUGUACGAAACAAAGGGAAGUUGGUAAGGAAGAAGAGCUUUGCUAAGUCAGAGGACUCGAAACAAAGACCACUUCAGUACUACAACACUGGCAGAUCAGAACCAGAACCAAAAUCUUAGUCCGACCACACAAGGGGGAAUCAAGUUGAAGAUGCCUGUUAAUGUUUUCUUCAAAGACGCAAGACGUGUUUUCAAGUUUGAUGCAAUUGGUCGAGAGAUACUGGGAAUUGCACUGCCUGCUGCUCUAGCUGUUGCAGCUGAUCCUAUAGCUUCCCUUAUAGACACUGCUUUUGUUGGCCAUAUCGGACCUGUGGAACUUGCUGCAGUUGGAGUAUCCAUUGCUAUAUUCAAUCAAGCCUCAAGGAUUACCAUAUUCCCACUUGUCAGCAUUACGACUUCUUUCGUCGCUGAGGAAGAUACAAUUGGCAAGGCUGCCAACAAAGCAGCAAAAGUUGACACACAGAAGUGCUUGGCUGAUGAUAAUUCAGUGAAAGUUUCUGUGCCUGAAGAUCGUGAUCAACUUGAAAACGAUGAAAAACUUGCAGCGAAACAAGAUCAUGUCAACUUGAAUCAUGAGCCAACAAGGAGUAAUAUCACCAUAGAAAAAGGAGGAAAAGAAAACAAACAAAGCUCUUCAACGAAAAUGGGAACAAAGGAACCGGUUCCAGAUAAUGGUGCUCUUCAAGAUCCGGAAAAAGAUUUGAGUACAAAUGUACUUAAGUCUACCUCUGCCAAGUCCAAAAGGAAAGAGAAGAAGCAAAUUGCAUCAGCAUCCACAGCUCUGAUAUUUGGGACAAUUUUGGGUCUAAUGCAAGCCAUAUUCCUUGUGUUUGGAGCCAAAUCUUUGCUGAAUCUAAUGGGAGUAAAAGAUAAUUCACCCAUGUUUGCCCCUGCUCACAAGUACUUAACAUUAAGAUCACUUGGUGCUCCUGCUGUUCUUCUGUCAUUGGCCAUGCAAGGGAUCUUUAGAGGCUUCAAGGAUACAAGGACUCCUCUUUACAUUAUUGUGGCCGGAUAUACUGUAAACAUCAUACUGGACCCCAUUUUCAUCUUUGUGUGCCGAUGGGGUGUCAAAGGUGCAGCUGCUGCUCAUGUUCUCUCUCAGUACUUUAUUGUGAUCAUUCUCUUCUGGAGACUGAUGCAGAAAGUCAAUCUCAUGCCUCCAAGUCUUAAAGAUUUGCAAUUUGGUCGAUUUCUUAAAAAUGGAGGUCUGUUGCUGGCAAGAGUUGUAGCAGUGACCUUCUGUGUGACUCUAGCAGCAUCACUAGCUGCAAGGUUAGGCCCAACACCUAUGGCUGCAUUCCAGACUUGCUUGCAAGUGUGGAUGACAUCCUCUUUAUUGUCUGAUGGUUUAGCAGUAGCUGGACAGGCGAUUCUAGCCAGUGCAUUUGCAGAGAAAGACUACGAAAAGACAACAGCAACAGCUACCAGGGUAUUGCAGAUGAGUUUUAUUCUGGGUGUUGGACUCGCUAUUGUCGUCGGAAUCGGAAUGUUCUUCGGAGCAGGAAUCUUUUCAAGAGACAUUCAUGUGCAGAACCUCAUACAUUUAGGAAUUCCGUUCAUUGCAGCUACACAGCCAAUAAACUCAUUGGCGUUUGUUUUCGACGGAGUGAACUUUGGAGCUUCUGAUUUUGCUUAUUCCGCAUACUCAUUGGUUUUGGUGGCGAUUGCGAGCGUUAUAUCUCUGUUUCUUCUCUCCAAAAGCAAGGGCUUCAUUGGGAUUUGGAUUGCUUUGACAAUCUAUAUGUUUCUGCGUACUUUUGUUGGCGUCUGGAGGAUGGGCACAGGGACAGGACCUUGGCGUUACCUGAGGACCCAAAGGCUACCUUAAAGCAGACUCCAUUGAUUUUUCAGCUUCAAAAUCAAACUCACUCUUAUAAAAAUUCCCACUCUAUCACUUUAUAUUUUAUACUUAAAAUGGAGUUACUUUUUGUUAGUUUCUUCUAUUUUGUAUAAUUAUCAUGGUUGGACUUGCAAACUAUAUAUGUUGUUUUCUUCUUUUUGGUUUGAUAUUAAUAA